CACUUGAUAUCAUUCUUAUCCAAUAUUUAUUAUUUGAGCUAUAUAACAUAUCAAGAAUUCAAAUUCAUAAUGCAUAAUUCUUAAUUUUCGAGAUUUCAGGAUCUCAUUUUCACCAAAUAAUCAAUUUCCACUCUAUAUAACAAAAUCAAGCUUCUCUUUCAGUUCUCGCUAUCUUCUUUGUUCCUGUUGAACAAGCCUCAAUUUGUUAAGGGAAUUUGCGUGAAUCCAUGAAAAUGAAACCUGGGGAAAUAUUGCUGCUUCUUCUUUGUUUGAAAGUGUUCAUCUAUGCAGUGAUUGCUGCUCCUGAGACUUGUCCUGCUAAUGAUCUUGGUAAAUGCGGUGAUUCUGAUGAAUGGAAAGGGGAAUUUUUUCCUGGCAUUUCCAAAAUCAAAUAUGAGGGCCCUUCUAGUAAGAAUCCACUUUCAUUUAAAUGGUAUAAUGCAGAGGAAGAGAUCCUUGGGAAGAAAAUGAAGGAUUGGUUCAGAUUUAGUGUUGCAUUUUGGCAUACAUUCCGCGGAACAGGUGGUGACCCAUUUGGUGCACCUACCAAACAUUGGCCGUGGGAAGAUGGUAGCAAUUCAGUAAGCAUGGCUAAAAGAAGAAUGAGAGCAAAUUUUGAGUUCAUAAACAAACUUGGGGUCGACUUUUGGUGCUUCCACGACAGGGAUAUAGCUCCUGAUGGGAAAACUCUUGAGGAAUCAAAUUCUAACUUGGACGAAGUGGUGGCCCUUGCUAAAGAACUUCAGACUAAGAGUAAAAAGAGCGUUUUAUGGGGAACAGCUCAGUUGUUCAUGCAUCCUCGUUAUAUGCACGGUGCUGCUACUAGCUCUGAAUUAGGUGUGUAUGCAUAUGCUGCUGCUCAAGUGAAGAAAGCCAUUGAGGUGACACACUAUUUGGGGGGAGAAAAUUAUGUUUUCUGGGGCGGUCGUGAGGGUUAUCAAUCUCUUUUGAACACAGAUAUGGAACGCGAGCUUAAUCAUUUGGCUAGUUUUUUUGAAGCUGCUGUUGCAUACAAAAAGAAGAUUGGAUUCAAUGGGACAUUUUUAAUUGAACCAAAACCACAAGAACCAACAAAACACCAGUAUGAUUGGGAUGCCGCAACAACAGCUAAUUUCUUGAGAAAAUAUGGACUUACAGGGGAAUUCAAACUUAACAUCGAGUGCAACCAUGCCACCCUAUCUGGUCACAGUUGUCAUCAUGAGCUUGAAACUGCAAGGAUAAAUGGGUUGCUGGGUAAUAUUGAUGCAAACACCGGCGACCCUCAAGUUGGUUGGGACACAGAUCAGUUUCUUGUAGAUAUUCAAGAGGCGACAAUGAUUAUGCUCAGUGUUAUCAGAAAUGGAGGAAUUGCACCAGGUGGAUUCAACUUUGAUGCGAAAUUGCGGAGAGAAAGCACAGAUGUUGAAGACUUGUUCAUAGCCCACAUUGUUGGAAUGGAUACAAUGGCCCGUGGCCUCAGGAAUGCUGCAAAGCUGAUUGAGGAUGGUUCUCUGGCUGAGCUUGUCCGCAAGCGAUAUUCGAGUUUUGACACAGAAAUUGGGGCUCAAAUAGAGGCUGGGAAAGCUGACUUUGAACUGCUUGAGAAGAAGGUCAAGGAAUGGGGAGAACCAAAGGUUGCUUCUGCGAAACAGGAGCUAGCUGAGAUGAUAUUCCAGUCUGCCAUGUAGAAAGCAGCUACUAGCCGUGUGUGGCUCUGCCACUUUUCUAUUUCCUUUUUAGUUAGGUACUUUUCAGCAUAGUAGGUUUAUUAAUAAAUGGAAAAUGAGAUUAACUUAUAGCAGCUUCAUUUUCCUUGGAGAUGAAACAUGUUUGGUGCUGGGUUCCCCAGUUCAUGCGAAGCCUGGAGAAGUGCAUGUUAGCUUUUGUAAAAAAACGUGACGCAUACCUUCCCUGGUCAUAAGAAAGAGCACUGAGCAAGCCAGAAUGAACAUUUACUUCUACUUUCGCAUCUA